GUUCCGCCCCCGACCGAGUGCGGGAAGAGGGCGGACUCUGGCGGGAGGCUCCGGGAACGCUUGAGCCGCGAUGGCAGCUGAGAAGAGAAACGGGCUGUCCGGCCGACCGGGAGACGCGUGAGACGACAAAGCGCGACGGCCAUGCUGCGCCUCAGUGUCCUGCUGCUACUCACCUCUCUAUGGAGGUCACUGCUUUCUGCGGCCACCCCAGAAUCUUCUGUCUUCUUACCAGCACCACAGAAUUUGACAAUUACCUCAUAUAAUUUUCGGAAUACAUUGAGAUGGUCUCCAGUUAAUGGAAUCAAUGGUACGGUGUCUUACAACGUUGAAUUCUGCUGGGACACAGAGCAACAUUGCAAAAAAACGAACUGCACAAAUACAACAAAGCCUGAAUGCGAUUUUGAUAACAAGCAUUUUCACACAGUCAUUUUACGUGUUAGGGCUCAACAAGGGAAAUUAAAAUCUGCCUGGACUAAAACAGCUUCCUUUCAGCCCAAGAGAGACACUGUUUUGGGACCUCCAAGAUCAAUAACUAUAGUCACAGAACCUGGCUUGCUUGUUGUAAGGUUCUUGCCUCCAUUUGACCAUACAUCAAAUUUCACUGCCUUUGGAUAUUCAAUAGACUACUGGGAUAGUUCAACACAUGAAAUAAUGACAAAAUACACAGAUGAUCUAGAAUACAGCUUCACAGAUCUCAAAGAAAGGACAGAAUAUUGCUUUCAGAUAAAAGCAAUUCUUGUUCAGGAUAAAAGACCAGGACAAAAAAGUGAUCGUCAUUGCAAACAAACUGCAACUUCUGUGGCAACAACAAUUAUCUCUGUCACAUUGAUAUUUGGAUGUGUGAUUUUUAUAUAUGUUGCAAUAUUUUUGUGCCUCAUAGUUAUUCGAAAGUAUCGAAGUAAAAUUAAAAUAUUUUGGCAGGCUCCUCUAACUAUUCCAUCUCACUAUGAAGAGGAUUUAAAAAAUUCUGAAAUGAUUAUGGAUGAAGAACUCCAGAAUUGUGCAGGAGAAGACACUUGGGACACUUUGUCAGUUAUCACCAAUGCAGAACAAAGUCAAACUCUGACAGCUUCACUAAUGAAAAUCAACAAGUAGAUUUAUUGAAAGCUGAAGAAUCCACUUGAGGCUAAACCAUAUUGUUCACUUGUGAGAUUUCACUAGAUAAUUGUUUCAGUGACCUCUUUUUGAAGAACAUCCAGCUGCAAAGCAUGCACUCUCCAUGUCAAUUGGAAACAAACACAAAAUAUGCAGUAAGGGAUCCCAGAUAUUAUGGAUUGAUAUGGAUCUAUUUGAAGGCAUCUCAAGUGACUUGAAAAGGCUGCUUUAUUUCCUGUCUCAUAUUCUGAUGAGUCACCAGAGAACAGAGGUACUUUCCAUCAGGAUGACUGCAUGAUGACUCACUGCAAUAUACUAAAACCUUGAAGAACAGAAGUCAGUUUUAACAUGCUAUUCAGCUAAUGAAACAGCUUGAGACUGUAGUGCUGCAUAGAAACACAAGUGCAAAGAACAUGCACCAAUGAUCUCAUUUAAGCCCAUCUACAGAUGUGAUAUUAAAGUAUGUUAUUUCAAUGUUAAUGCAGGAGCACUGGUGCUGAAUUCACUUCCAGACUCAGUUAAAGGGCUUUAUCUUUUAAUUACUGUGGCUCUACAUAUCUUAAGGAGGGCCUACUCCCAACUUCUCACCCAUUCAUAGUUGUCAUCUGCAUUUUUUCCUUUAUAGAAGACCUGAAAACCACUGAACCUCUUUAUUGAAGCAGCCACAUGAUAGAAUACCUUUCCUGAAGCAAUUUAGCUACUACCUUCACUUUAUAAGUUCCACUGAAAUUUGAAACUUUCUUUUUUUAAAUGUAUUUUUGAGCUCGUGUGCAUAUUUACUAUUUGAUUAUGUACUGAAUUAUAUGUGGUAGUUUUCUAAUUUUAAAUGGAAGAACCAUGUAUUGCUAAUUGUUUACAUUAGGAAUCAAAUUGCAAUCAAGGCUGCUGGAGUAAGAUUUGAUGUAUCUACUUAGUGCAAAUUGUAAAGGUUUUUUUCCUUUCCAUUCAUUUUAUUAGGGAAUGGAACAUUUAACUUGCUGCUUAUGCCAAAACAAGACAGAUGGUGCUGUUGCUGAAUUGCCAAUGUCUGAGUAGGUGCAGCAAUAUUACUGUAAUAAGUUUUUGUGCAAAUCACACUUUUAAAACA